AUGCCCCCCGAACAACAACUAAGGUUAUUUGGGCGUCAAAGGUCCGUACAUGCCAUUCUUGGAGGAGGAAAAGUUGCGGAUAUCUUGUUAUGGAAGAAUAAAACAGCAGCAGCCUCGCUGUUGAUAGGGAUGACAGUGAUAUGGUCUCUUUUCGAGGUUAUGGAGUACCGUUUGGUGACUCUCUUCUGUCACAUUUCUAUGGCCACGUUGCUUGUGGCUUUCAUUUGGUUCAGAAUUCAAAUAUAUUUCGAUUAUCGGUUUUUUCUCAAGGAAACUAUAGUACUAAUGGAGCUUAUCGACCUUGCAUAUGGAAAAGAUUUGGUUAUUGAAAUUAAUCCAAUUCUCAUAUUUCUGAGUAUUGUUUGUCUCUACAUAUUGUCCGUAAUUGGAAACCAUUUCAACUUCUUAAAUCUCGUUUAUUUCGGUUUACUCUGCUCAGAAACGUUGCCCUUUCUGUAUGAUCGAUAUGAGGACUACGUUGAUUCUUUUGCUGACAAAGGGAUCCAUGCAUUGAAGAAAUUGUUCACAAAAGUUCCAGAGGUUAAGAAAAAUGAUUAA